AUGUCGUUCGAACGUCGAGCCGCCUCCGACUUGGCUGGUCACCGUGGGUUGACCUGGCUGACCUCAGUCACUAUUAUUUUAUUAGCAUUGCUAUCUCAACAGUGCCAGUCGGGUCUCAUCCGACCGAUACUGAAUAGGCCGACAAGCACUUUAAUUGGUCCAGAUGGAAUCAAAUUGGAAAUAUCGGCUGGUCCUUGUCUCCUCCAUCUCUCCGAAUCAUGUUCCAACGCAAAAGUCAAAUUUUAUUUUGUUCGAGAUCUCGAAGCUGAAGAGUUUUAUCUCUUAGAUUCAACAAAUCCGGCGUCAUUAGACGAAAGUGGAUUUGACCCUAGCCGCCCUUUGAAGCUCCUCAUCCACGGUUACAACGGAACUUUGAAUAAUAAGCCCAUCAACACUAUCGCCAGAGCGUACAUCGAAGACGGCGCCGCGGUGAACUUGGUGAUGCUGGACUGGAGCGCCUACACCAACAUCCCCUGUUACCCGACCGCGGUCAUCAACGCCUGGCAGGCGGGUCGGUGCACGGCCAAGACGCUGCAGGAGAUCGCUGCGUGGACCGGGUCACCGAGGCAAUUCUUCUCCGAGCUCCACAUUGUCGGCUUCAGUUUGGGCGCCCACGUGGCUGGAUUCACUGGCUCCUACGUCAAGCCCAACAGAAUUAGCAGAAUUACUGGAUUGGAUCCUGCCUUGCCGUUUUUCAAGUCUCUGAACCGCGCUUGGAAACUCGACCCGUCGGACGCGCGAUUUGUUGAUGUCAUCCACACGAACGCGGGCCAAUUGGGCAAACUGGGAAACGUCGGUCAUGCCGAUUUUUAUGUCAACGGCGGAUCCACUCAGCCGGCGUGCAAUAACAGUGACAGACCGGCGGUGUGCAGUCAUCUGCUGGCGCCCACUUAUUUCGCCGAGUCAAUUUUGGAAAGUGCGAGAGGAUUUUUCGGGUACCCUUGCCAGAGUUUUCUGUAUUACGCAGCGGGAUGGUGCGAUGAGAAGACGGCAAAGAAGGAUUCCAUAGUGAUGGGCGAGUACUGCCCUCAAGGUGCCCGCGGAGUGUUUGUAGUCAACACAGGAAAGGAGGCGCCAUACAGUUUAGGAAUCGAUUUGUUAGAGGACGAGGAGGAAAUUUCCGAUAUGGAGAAAACUGGACUUCUGUUGACCACGACUAUUGAACCAGAAGAUUAUUUGAAUGGAAUAUAAGUUUGGUUCUGAAAGUGAGAGUGUUUGGUGUUUUUAUAUUUACAUGAUUUUCGUCAAGUCAAGAUAUUCACACCACUGUUUGUGCAAUCCGCGCUCCAAAUUAAAUUAACAACUAAUCUUGAUAAUUGUUUGGCAAACUGAACCUCACUCAACACUACGCCAGUUUUGACAAAUAAACACUAUUCUUGAUUAUCAAAGUUGGCCCUUAAUUAUUUGCAAAUAAAUUAGUUUUCCUUCUGAAAGUCGAGAUGGUCUUUAGUUUGAAUCACGUUGCACAACGCAACAGCUUUAGACGAGUGGCAUAAUUAGCUGAAAAUAACUGGUGUUAACCGCGACGGUGUCGUCACCACCUGAUUAUUUGCAAUUUAAACCUGUGCAAUGCGCGAGCGCGUUGAGUGGACGAAAUGAGAUGCUUUUUGCUUAAAGGCUCUGCUACACUUUCAAUUUCAAUUAGAAAUAAAUAUACUUUUUAAGCAGUUUCCCGUUUUGCAAUGGAGGUGUGUAAAUGC